GCUUGUCAUGCUUGUUGGAAUAUUAUUACCAUGGUGUUUUAGACACUCGCAGAUGUGAAUUUGCCUCGGGUGUGGUUUGUCAUUUUGUCACUACCGGAUAAGACACCAUAUUACAAAGAUCAACUCUUUCGGCGAUAAAACUAGCGAGUAAGACGUACAAAUUUAUCUAGAAAAUUGAACAUUAUUUUCUUCCUGUUCAAAACUAAAAAUGUUGAGUGGAGAUAGAACGAGUAGAAUUCCACCAACUGAUGGAGACUGAGAAAAUAGUACCGGGUUAUUCGUCACAGUCAUGUGAAGAGAUAUGAAACAGGAAGCAAUGUGACUGACUAUAAGAAAGACAAAGAACUGAUAAGACUCUGAGAAAAGAAGAAAGAAAAAGGAGAAAGAAUUGCCAUGCAGAACCGGCUGGACGGUAAGCUGGCGUUGCUCUAUACAUUAUUGGUACUUCAAGUAUUCAUCGUGAUGAUUUACGUUGUGUCAACACCACCUAGUGAAUAUGCACAGAUGACAACAAGGAAUCCCAUUAGUUUUAUUAGAGUGGAACCAACAGAGAUUCCUCUUAAAGGUGAAAAUCUUACACCAAAACCAUCAUACCAAAUCUUAACUGAUGAGUUAAAGCUGAAAGACACAAGAACAUCAGGAUUCUUCAUCACGCAAAACACGACGAAAUGUUGGAAGGAGGGCGUCUCCAAUAAAUCUCACUCGUCUCUGGAAAAAUGUCAAUGUCAGUGUGGAUGGCAUGGUGCAGACUGUGGUCAACCGGAAGUCGUUUGGCGAGCGAUAAUGGCUGCGAAACAAAAAAUCAAACUGAAACCGAGGAAAACAUUACGUCGACUGAUUUACACAUUCUCGGUACAAGACUACAACUCAGCAAUGGCCGAAGUUAUCGUAGAAGAGCUCCACCACGUCGUAGAUUUAUUUGUAAUCUGUGACUUCAGUGCAGCAGAGGAGAAUUUGCAGCAUAAAUUGAACAAGGGACUAUUGUCCAGUCAUCAGCGCAAGAUAUUAUAUAUAAAUGCUGCUCACAAGUCGCGGAAACCCUCGCGAGUCAUCUCGAAAUACGUGUGGGAUAAAAUAAUCAGUGUUGUGAAGAAUAUAAAGGAGGACGAUAUCUAUGUAAUGAGUGGCCCUGAGCAGAUAUUGAAUUGGCGUGCAUUAAUGUUCCUUAAGGUAUACGACGGUUGGUCUCAGCCCAUUGGCUUUCGCCUCAGAUGGUCCGUCUUUGGAUUCUUCUGGCAGCAUCCUUCCAAAACAAUCAUAACCGUUGGUGCAUGCACCAUCGGAUGUAUAUAUCAAUCAUACCGAACAAAUUCCAUUUUACUUCAACGCGAAUUGGGGGAGACCAAUGAGAGAGAUGUUCUUGGUUUAGUUAUUGGGGAUCUUAAUCAUUAUGGUGGAUGGUACUGUAAUUACUGUGAAACACCCGCUAAUAUUAUCAUUGCUCUCAAGAAAGAUGGUAAACCUAAAGAGGCUAAGUAUGCUAAGAAUAUGGAAGUUCUGUUCGUGGAGGAUUUAAUCGGCACUGGAGUCUGGUUUGACGAUAAGAUGAGCCUUAUCAGAGCUUAUAAAACUACGGAAUCGUACUUUGCGCCAGACACUGUUAUGAGUAAUAGUUUCAAAUUUGACUGGCUGAUCGAUAAUUUCUAUGCUAAACUUGAUUAUUACUGAUGAUCAUGCACGAUCGAAUGUCUGUGAUAUUUAUUCAACCAGUCAUAACUGAUUAAAAUUGCAAAUGCAGCAUAUAAACUAAUGAUCGAAUUUAUAUACAAGGAUAUAUCGGAGUAUGGAUGUUGAAUAAUUUAUAUAAAUAGGGAGGAUUCAAAUAUAUAAAAUUGUAGAGAUUA